AGACGAUGAGUUCAGUUCCUACUUUCGAUUCUGUUUGGCUCAAUCAAAAUUUAAGGAACCGGCAAUCGUCUGCAAAAGAUAGUAAUUGAUAAACUGUCCGGUAGCGACGAUGACGGCGAAAUGCCAAUCCGCUUCGCAAUGAUUAUCACGGCAAGAUUAGCGACGAACGUCAACUAAUAAUAAAAGUGUUCGAGACUACUUUCUGGUAUGGCACUCGAUAGUCACCUUUGCAGUGAGCUGGGACCUGCUACAAACGUCGUCACACCAUGGGUUGUUCUUCAUCGAAGUCGAAACCUUCCGCAGCUACCAAUGGACACGUUAACGCUAAAACAAAUGGAACCCUUCCGCCGGAGGACGGUUACGUCGAGGGAUUUCUUUGCAACGAGAAUGACAUCGCUGAAAACGAAAUGAAACCCUUCGAGCUGGAAGGCGGCAAGGUGCUCUUGGUCAAACAGAACGGAAAGCUGUCAGCCAUAGGAAACAAAUGUUCUCACUACAAUGCACUGAUGUCUACGGGAGCGCUUGGCGAGGGCCGUGUGCGCUGUCCGUGGCAUGGAGCGUGCUUCAAUAUCGAGACCGGAGAUAUUGAGGACUUCCCGGGACAGGACUCGCUUCCGUGCUUCAAAGUCAGCGUGGAAAAAGGACGGGUCAAGAUACGUGCCAAACGCUCCGAGUUGGAAUCCGGCAAGCGCACUAAACCGAUGGUGAAGAAGCUCUCCGGUGACAAACGUACAUUUGUGGUAAUUGGUGGAGGACCGUCAGGUGCCAUCUGUGUGGAAACUCUGCGCCAAGAAGGCUUCACUGGUCGUAUCGUCAUGAUCAAUAAAGAACCAUGCCUACCGUACGACCGAGUUCUGGUCAGUAAAGCAAUGGAUUUCGAUCUAUCCAAGAAGGUGCUCAGAACGGAACAGUUCUACGCUGAGCACGAAAUCGAGACCAUUCUGGGAACGGAAGUAACCUCGUUGGACAGCGUUAAACGGGAGGUAACGCUUAGUACCGGAGCUACGAUCAAGUUUGAUAAAGUCUACAUUGCCACGGGAUCGAAGCCGAGAAAGGCCCCUGUUGAAGGUGCUGAUCUGCCAGACGUUCGCGUUUUGAUAUCCAAUGAAGAUGCCAAGUAUGUGAACGGCCAUUUGAGUCCAGACAAACACGUGGUGGUUCUGGGAACUAGUUUUAUAGCUUUAGAAGCCGCUGCAUAUUCCAUGAACAAAGUGGCAAAGGUAACUGUUAUUGGCCGAGGAUCGGUGCUUUUGAGAGACUCCUUUGGUGAACAGGUCGGCGCCAGUGUGAUGGAGUAUUUCAAAGGUAAAGGCGUCAAUUUUAUAAUGAACUCCGGUAUUAAGCGUUGCAUUGGAGACGAUGAUCGAAAACUUACAUCAGUCGAAUUGAACGACGGAACUAUUUUAAAAGCAGAUCUCUGCAUUAUGGGAAUUGGGUCCACCUUAUUUACCACUUUCCUGGAAGGUUCGGGCCUCAUUAUGCACCCGGACGGGUCUGUUGACACAAAUGGUUUCCUAGAAACAAAUGUGGAAGGAAUCUACGCUGGAGGAGAUAUUGCCCAUGCCCCUGUGUUUUGCAAUAACAACGAAAAGGUCACCAUCGGUCACUAUCCUUUGGCCCAGUACCACGGCAGAGUAGCGGCUCUCAACAUGGUCGGGAAACCGACAGAACUGAGAGCGGUUCCGUACUUUUGGACAAUACUGUUCGGAAAAGGCUUCCGAUAUGCCGGUUAUGGAAAACCACACGAAACGAUUAUAGAAGGUGAUCUCCCCAAGCUGAAAUUCGUUGCCUUCUAUUUGAACGCUGAAGGAAAAGUCAUUGGAGUGGCAUCCUGCGGACGUGAUCCAGUGGUAUCGCAGUAUGCUGAGUUAUUGUCGCAGGGAAGAACGCUCCACAAAAGUCAACUAAGUCCGGAUCCAUUUGCUUGGACCAAGCAAUAAAUAUAUGACUCUUGCUUUUUAUCAUUCGAUUUCGCUGAAAAAAACUACCUGUAAAUAAUACUCUUUGGUUUUUAUAGAGCGGAUACCGCCCAUGUUUUUUUUCAAUCGAGGGGUUUGAACGCAAAGGGGUGUAAGUGACAUAAACUUAGUUUGGAGAAAGAUGGUUGUGAGAUUUUUCAUUUUUUUUUUCGCUUCGUACAAAAGGCAUGAAAGUUCAAAAAAUAACUAUUUUUGUGUAACAUUUUUUUUAAACAACGUACAAACAAUAUCAACAUAUUGCCGCAAAGUUCUAGAGCUAAAGUAUUUUUUGCUGUAGUCAUCUCAAAUUUGUUCAAAAUCUAACUUACACCCCCUCAAUUUGUAAUCAAAUUCUAUGUACAUAUACGAAAACCUCCAUAAAUGAAAACUAUCGUAAUUAGUUUUUUCAUACAAUGUCUUCCCUGUCUCCCUUUGAUCAAAAUUGUUCUUCUUUUGUCAAAACUGUCCCUGAAAUAGUUGUGACAAAAGAAUCUCCGAAUUUAAAAUCACAUUGCGGAGUUUUAAAAUGUCGAAAUCUGAAAUGAAACAAAGUUUGGAGAAAAUCCGGAAUAAAUUUGAUCCUCUGGGAUGUCACCAACUGAUCAUUUGAAUGGUUCCAAGAAGUUGCCAAUUUUAAAACUAAUGUUAGAACUUAACGAAAUAUUUGUUUGUAGCAUUGUGAAAGCAAAACCUUUGCACAAAGGUUAAAAUCCUGAAAAACGUUAUCGUCAGCUAUCGUCAGUCAUAUUAUGACCCCAACAGAAAAAUGGAUGUAUAAAAUCGCACGAAAUCGCACGAACCCAAACUUUUGACCGAUGCAUUCUAUGCACUUGAGUAAACAUUUUGAUUUUUAAAAAUAAAACAAAAUUUUUCCGCCCAAAAAUCAUCAAUGUCCCUCAAAGAUAAUUAAAAUUGGGUUCCAUUUCACUUUUCAUUUCAAAAUUUUGUGGGCUCAAUUUUGAGAAAAAUCAACAUAUUUUUACAACAUAACGGGCGGCAAUUAAAAAAUUGAAAUGACUUCAAUACUUUUCUAUCAGAAUAAUAAUGCUUUCAUAGAAAUAUGAUUUUAUGUGAAUGAAUCCUUAGAAUUAUCGGGGAAACAGUAAAUAGCGUGUCCAAAAAUGAUUCGCCUCCAAGAAUAUUUAUAUUCGAACUUUUGAAUUCAAAAAGCGAUCUAGCUAGCUAGUACCUCAACAUGAAGAAGAAUUGCAAAAAUGUGGAAUUGAGAAAUGUGAUAAAUAUAAAACACACAGGGAAGAUCAUAAUUUCUUAUAUGUCCUCCUUUUUACCCAUCCGUAGAACCAAAUGUCCUCCUUUCAAAUUAUUUGAUCUGGUAAGCCUUGUCACUACCGAAUCAGUUUUUUCGACUCACAUGGAACAUGUUACCCGAUGUUUUGUCGUAGAAACUGAACCGGAAGUUUUUUUUAUCAAAUAUAAGAAAGUUUCCAAUCCCCGAUUCAUAAAAAUGACAAGCUAAUUGCUUUUGAAGCAGCUCUCCAGCCGUACAAUGAUUAUGGCGUCCAUUGUUGAACUGGCUCAAAAGACAUUAUAUUAACAAGUUUGAUUGAUAUUCUCUCCCAUAAUCUCAUUCUUAAUCAUUCAGAUUGAUCUGUACGAUGUCACUCUUGUCUUUAUGGUCAAAAGGUAUGGGGUAUGCCUUCGUGGAAUCACAUUAAUGGCAUUUGACACUAUUAUUCGGUUAUAACGUAGCCAAUUAAAAAUUUUGAUUAUUAUUAAAAAAAAUUUUAUUAUUAAAGCGAUGACCUAUUAGAAAAAGUUAAAUGAUUCUUUAAAGGUUACAUAAUUAUGUCCUCACAAUUUGCAAUACUCGUACAUAGCUGAUAGUGUGGCCUGGGCACUGUUGUCCUUCUGAGCUGACGGCACUCUAGCUGAGCAAGAGCGAGGAGGUGCGACCUGCUGGGCCUGCCUACAAUAUGGUUAGGAUUAACAAUGGGCUCUCGCUCUGUUAAACUUCUAUUAAUAAACCCAACUUAAUUCACCGAGUAGUGAUAUUCCCUUUCUCGCCUUUUACCAAGACACCAACCUUAUAUGGUCCUAAUAUGAUUAAAUGUACCAUUUUCUUCAUAACUUUUUAACGCAUCGGUCGAUCGUUAUAAAAUUCAAUAGUGGUCAACAAGGUCCCCUAUCGAAUGCAACGUGUUGCGAGAAAAUCGGUUAAGAAUUAUUAUAUGAAAAGUUAUCUAACGUUUUUCGUAGCUUUUGCUCACACACAUACACGCAUACAUACACGCAUACAUACACACGAACAGACAGACAUUGGUAUAUAACACUUUGAGUCUCCGGGCUUCUAUAAAAAGUUCGUUUUCGGAGAGAAAUGAUAGCCUUUCGGUACAACUUUGUUGUACAAUAAAUGCAAAAAACAUGCAUUUAUUCACAAGCCAAGCCACACCAAAGUGACCAUGUGUCCCUCUAGCCCAAGACUGAUCGAGACUGAUCAAAGAAGUGCAAUUUAAAGAACGGGUGUUCCGGCAUCCAGCGUUUCUCUCGGAAGCUCGCAGCCCCAACCGGGUGGUUAGGGUCUUGGGCUUAAAACCAGCUUUUUUGCGAUAGGUCAUUAUUAUCCCAGGACCCUUUAAGUAAGGAACUAAAUAGCCAAAUUUUGAUCAAUCCCACCCUGCUGAUAACCUCGACCCCAUGUUAUGGUAAUAAGAACAUUUGCCUCACGAAUGAAAUCGCGACUUCAUGAAAAUUUCGGAUCAUUAAACUACAACUAGAGUUAGGUAUUGAGCGUGCCUUAUAUUUGUGGCAUUCUGUUUUCAACUGUAUUAUUUUUUUCAGUUUCAACUGGCUAAUAUCUAUAGUUAGCAAAGUUGUUUUAACACACACUAUACUCUAUUAUGUUUUGUCAUUCCCGCAAAAGAUUAAUUUCAUGAUUACACGUAAAACCUGUUAUAACAUCAGAUUCAUUCGAUUGCAUAUGCUUUAGAUUAAAUUUCUUUUUUGUUCGUACAGAUAUGCCUAGGAAAGUUACAAAGAAAUUAGUAUUGAUAGAUAAUCAAACCAAACUAUAUUAUAUAAUGCAAAAUUUUAAAAUAUGAACAUCAAAUCAAUACAUUGAGAUUUAGUAAAAUACUCUUGCAGUAGUAUGUCGCACUUUUUAGCAUAGUUUUACAUUUAUAACUAUCGAAUCGAAUAAACACAUUGUAAGUACAAUAA